CUUUUAUUUACAUUGCUGCUGACUAAAAAGGGGAGGGCAUUUCUCAGAAGUGUUUUUGUUUCUCUUUAGAAGUCGUCUUGUACGGUGAAGGCAACAUGGACUGUCUCUGCCUCUUCCUCCUCUUUUUUAUACUUGACUUGAUUAGUGCUGGAUCCUCUUCUAAUAAUAAUUCUCAAUGUGAGCAGCCUGUUGGAAGGGAUAAGAAAUGUCCACCAGGUUACGUUUUAUGCUCAACAAAUGAACACUUUUGUAAAAAAUGCAAAAAUGGAGAAGAGUUUAUGGAUUAUCGCAAUCAACAUUCCGAUUGCCUGCGGUGCAACCAAUGUGACUUGGAGCAUGGUUUUGAAGUUAAAAGUGCCUGUACAAGCUCCCAGAACAUAAUAUGUAAGUGUAAGCCUGACUUCUUUUGCGAUGGGGAAGUGGAAUCAUGCCUUCACUGCAAUCCAUGUGAUAAAUGUGAAAAUGGCAUAAUUGUUGAAAAAUGUACCCAGACCAAAAACACCAUAUGCAAACAAAAACAGAAUUUGCUAUGGCUCUGGGUAAUGAUUCCAAUUGUCAUCAUCGUCAUCGUUGUCAUCGUGGUUUUAAUAAAGAAGUAUGAUAAACAAAAUACAGUUCACCAAGGAAGAAGGGACGACAGACCAGAGCUAAUUGUAAUGGAUCCUCUAAUUGAUAAAGAUAUUGAUUUGACCCCUUACAUUUCUGAAAUUGCAAGAGAGAUGACCUUAAAAGAAGUCAGGUCAUUUGUUCGGAAUCAAUCAAUGCCACGUGGUAUGAUAGACCAAAGUAUCGAAGAUAAUUUACAUGAUUCUGCUGAGCAGAAAAUAGCACUGCUCAACUGUUGGUAUGAAUAUCAAGGCAAAAGAGGUGCUUACAAAACUUUAGUCAAUACCCUGAGAAAGCUUAAUUUACAUGCCACUGCUGAGAAGUUGCAACAAAAAAUCUCAGAUAGUCAAAAUAUAGCUGCCGAUCAAAACAUCACUUUUCUUGAUGAGAAUCCACAGUAAUAAUAUGUAAUCAGAUCAAAAUGACUACUAAACAUUUUAACUUUUGUUAAAAAUUUUGUUUUUACAUAUAGUUCCAGCAACUUGCACUCUCCUUAUUAAAUGUGAUAUUAUAUGUUGUUUAUCACCAUGUGCUAAACAUGUAUCAUAAAAAUAUCUACAAUUUGGGGAGAACCAUGUGCCUGCUGUUAACUUGAGCUAAAACUACACACCAGCUUUGAAAAGAGAAAGGAGUUAUAGCUGGGGGUGGGCAGGACUGAUACUGAAGCAGCAGCAACCAAAGGAAAUAGAGUGAAUAUUCCUACAAUCCAUUUUAUUUUCUGGAGAAAACAAAUCUACCUCAUGGAAAGCAUAAUUUUCAACUGCAGAACCAAAACUGGAGAAUAUUUUGCAGAGCCAAUUUUUUGUUGGUUGGUUGGUUGGUUGGUUGGGGGGGCAUGUCAUAGAAUUUUUGCUCUAUGAAUUGUUGUAAAAAAACAAAUCUCUGCAGUAGAGAGACCCAUUAUGUCCCAGUAGCUAGAAAGUCGGACUGGGCUGAAUUCUCAGAAAAUUGGGUACAAAUUGCUUGAUUUGCUGUGAACCCAAGUCACUGUCUUUCAGCCUCAUUUCUCCACCUAGAAAGCUGAAAUACAAAUGACCUACCUCACAAGGCUUGCUGAAAUUGUAAGAUAAGGAUUGCCCAUAACUCUAGAGCAAAAAAUUCAGUACAGUUUUAACAUAUAUUGCUGCAAAUAAUUCCUUUAUUUAUGUCAAAGGCCCCCCCCCCCGUAUAGUCUCAUAUAGCCUAGAAGAUAGUGAUGGAUAGGAAUAUCCAGAUUAAUGGGUUAUGUUGGCUGGCAACUAGUUCGUACCAACAGGGAUUUAUAUUAUAGCCUCCUUGCCUGAAACUGAUGGCUCAUGAGUCUGAGUUGGGGGCUUGUUAGAAGACGUUGCAAAGCGGUUCCUGGCUCUGAAGCGGGAGUCUCUUUCUUGGAGACUCCUACCACCUGCAUGCUUGUUUGCCAUCGGUUCAACCUGCAAAUAUGUAAAUAAACGGUUUAUUACAAUCACGCCUUCAUCUCUGGAAUUCUCACCUCAU